GUGUGGCCAUGCAGUAUCCGCCCUUGAGCCCUCGGUCUUCGAGGCGGAAUUGCAUUCCCAAAGCUCUUCAUCAAACGGGAGAUCCGCUGUAGGAAAGCGCUGCUUUUCCCCUGGGAUUAUCAGAUUUCCACCGGAGAAUGCAGAUCCUGGAUUAGGGGGCUGCGUGGGAUUUGCGUGUUUCUUUCUAAUUAGUCUGCGUGUCUGCGGUUAAAAUCCUUAAUUCGGAGAGGGGAAGUUACUUGCUGCUGAAAGAAAUAGAUGCCUUUUUUUUUCCCCCUGACAUUUUCUGCAGUUAUUCGGGUUACCCCGUGCUCUGUGGAUGACUUACUGCCUUAAUUGGAUAUCGGUGUCAAAGGUUGAUUAGACUCCCUAAUAGAUUUUGGAUCUGCAAGAGGAUUGCAGUUUUAAGUUCGUGGUUAAAACAAUUGUGUUUGCCAUCUCCCCUCGAGCAGCUGAGAGGGAGACUGAUGUAUUAUAUUUGUGUUAUCUGCUCUUCGGUUUAUUAACGUACCAUCAGGAGGUUGUCGGGCUUGGUUUUGUUGUUGUUUUGUUUGUGUUUUUUUUUUUCCCUCUGCUAUUUCAUUUGCAGACAGAAAAGAAAUGAACGUCAGAGGGGAUUUGUUUAAUCAUUUAACAGCUGACACAAGCCAUGUCCCUAACAAAAUGUUGCUGAAAGAGUAGAAGAUUUCUGGCAUACAGCGGCUCCGGUACCAUGAAACCACUCCAGCGAGUCAGGGGCAGCGCCUGCUGAAGGAUGCAGUAACCCAGGAGUCCGGGCUUGCCGGGACGAGGCCGAUGGCUUGCAUGGAGCUUCUCUACCUGGCCGAGGAGAACAGGCAGGGGUCCCUGGGCACUGCUGCGGGCUGGAGCCUGCCUUCCUCUCCCUAUGAGCAGCAGCAGCAGCAUGAGGGAGGCGAGGUGGACCCCAGAGCAGCCUCUGCUGUGGCAGCCCUGCAUUGCAAGCCCUCAGAGAGGGGUCCCAUGGCAGAGCCCACCCCGGUUCCCUUGUCUUCUGCCUCGGGCCCCUUGCCCUGGGAGCACCCAGCACCCCCCGGCACCUCCCAGCCUUGCCACCUGCCCGAGAGCUUCCCGGGGGAAGAGGACGCGGGGAAGAAGAAAGCCUGCUGCUGUGCCCAGGAACUCGAGACGUCAUUCACCUACGUGGAUGAAAAUGUGAACCUGGAGCACGCAAGAAGUCCCCCUAGUCCAACAGGCUGUCGGGAUGCUCCUCAGCAGCGCUCCUGCCGGGAGCUGCCGCCCGAAUGGGUGCACGAUUCCCCUUCCCUGGCCUCCGAGGAGGAUGACACGGCCUCGGAGGUGGCAGCUGGGAAAUCCGUGGACUACGGGUUCAUUAGUGCCAUUUUGUUCCUCGUUAGCGGGAUUUUGCUGGUGAUCAUUUCCUACGUGGUACCCAGAGACGUGACUGUGGAUCCCAACACGGUGGCUGCCCGGGAGAUGGAGAGACUGGAGAACGAGAGCGCCAGGAUCGGGGCUCACUUGGACCGCUGUGUGAUCGCCGGGCUGUGUCUCUUAACCCUGGGGGGAGUGGUGCUCUCCAGCCUGCUGAUGAUGUCCAUGUGGAAAGGGGAGCUGUACCGGAGGAGCAGGUUUGCAUCCUCCAAGGAGUCUGCAAAGCUCUAUGGGUCUUUCAAUUUCAGAAUGAAGUCUGGUGCAAAUGAUAACAUGCUCGAGCUGUCGUUAGUUGAGGAAGAUGUGCUUGCCGUAGAUAAUUAGAGUGGUCAUGAGUUUUUAAGGCAGCGUUUCUAUGAGAAAACAUGUUUCAUUAAAGAAAACAGAUUUGGC